AAGGAAACCAAGAAAAAAUUCGAUCUUGUCCCCUUUCCAUUUCCCCAGAGCUUCGGAAAAUGGGCAGUCUUCCCACCGAACCAUUCCUGCCACUAGACCCUGACCACUUCACCACAGAAUCCAAAGCCGUCGUCGACUUCAUCGCCGACUACUACCGCCAAAUAGAACUCUUCCCUGUUCUCAGCCAAGUAAAGCCGGGCUAUCUCCAUGACCGCAUUCCAAACACACCCCCAAUUCUCUCCGAACCCAUCACCACAAUCCUCCACGACAUCAAAACAGUCAUCUUUCCCGGACUAACCCACUGGCAAAGCACCAAUUUUUAUGGCUACUUCCAAGCCAAUGUCAGCACUCCCGGUUUCGCCUGAGAGAUGCUCUGUUCCGGCCUCAACGUCGUCGGCUUCACCUGGAUCGCUUCCCCUGCCGCUACUGAACUCGAAACCAUCGUCAUGGACUGGAUGGCCAAGAUGCUCAAACUUCCACCAACCUUCCUUUCCGGACACCUCGGCGGCGGCGGCGUUAUCCACGGCAGCACGUCCGAAGCGGUGCUCUGCACCCUCGCCGCGGCUAGAGAUAACGCUUUGAGCAAGUGCGAGGGCGAAGGGAUCACAAAGCUGACGGUAUAUGUCUCUGAUCAGACACAUUUUACGGCUCAGAAGGCGGCGAAGUUGGUCGGAAUCCCGGCGCGGAACUUGCGGGUGAUAUCAACCUGCGGGGAGACAGGGUAUGCGUUGACGGCGGAGAGUGUGAGGGCGGCCAUGGAUUCUGACCUGGCGGCGGGGAUGGUGCCGUUGUAUUUGUGUGGCACGGUGGGGACGACGGCUGUGGCGGCGGUGGAUCCCAUAAGUGUGAUCGGCUUGGUUGCGAGGGAGUUCGGGGCGUGGUUUCACGUGGACGCGGCGUGUGCGGGGAGCGCUGGGAUUUGCCCUGAGUUCAGGCGGUUCUUUGAUGGUCUGGCGGCUGAUUCCUUUAGCUUCAAUACGCAUAAAUGGCUGCUCGUGAACAUGGACUGUUGUUGCCUUUGGGUAAGAUGUGCCGCGAAACUCGUAGACUCGUUAUCGAUCAAGUCGGAUAUAUUGACAAACAGUGCAAGCGAAGAUGGCGGUGUGAUCGACUACAAAGAUUGGCAGAUCGCACUGAGUCGUAGGUUUCGUGCAAUAAAGCUUUGGGUAGUCAUCAGACGAUUUGGUGUGGCUAACCUGAUGGAGCAUGUUAGGAGCGAUGUGGAGAUGGCCAAGCAUUUUGAGAGGCUUGUUGCGGAGGAUGAGAGGUUCGAGGUGGUUGUACCGAGGAGAUUCGCGCUCGUUUGUUUUAAAUUGAGGCAUGUGGGAGAAGAUAUUGAUGAGGAUGGGGGGAGGAAAUGUUGGGAGAUGAACAGGAGGUUGCUUGAUUCGGUGAACGAAAGUGGGCGGGCAUUCAUGACCCAUGCGGUUGUUGGCGGGCAAUUUGUGCUGCGUUUUGCGGUUGGCACCACGUUGACGGAGAAACGGCAUGUGGAGGAGACAUGGAGGUUCAUUCAGGAGAAGGCCAGUGAGUUGUUAAUGAUGACAAAGGACUUGGGUGGUUAUAAUCUCAAAACACUCCAAGUUUAAAGAUCAUUCUACAAAUUCAAAUCAUGUUAUGAGACAGCUCACUUAUCA